CUUCCAAUGAGUUGUGUUUGCUCAAUUACAAAAGCAAAUCAAAAGCUCUUAAACCCAAACAAAAAAAACAACUGACAACAACUCUAAAAUCCACUCUUCGAAUUCUCCAACAACUGACAACAGAUCCAUUCCCAAAUUCAGAUUUGCUCAAAGGGUUUCUCUGAUUUUUUUGUAUUUCACUUUCUGUGAUCUGUAAAGUUGUAACCUUUAUUAACAAAAAUGUCUCAGAAACCACAUCUAGAGUCAUCACGAAGCUCAAUUGAGUCUUGCACUUCACAGCUCCUCUCAUGGCGACCAUUUCACCGCUCCAAAACCCUAGACCCACCGCAGCAGCAGCAGCAGACCAAUGCGUUUCAUCACUUCACUCCCAAACGCCCUUGCUUCUCCGAUCGAUCCACUUCUUUCUCCAUCGAUGCUUUCAGCCGUCUCUCACUCGCCGACGAGACGCUAUCUGCUUCCAAUUACAGCAGUAAAGGAAGUUUCCGGUUAGUAGCGAGGAAACGACGGCGGCGUAACUCGAGAUCGGUGUCUGGUCGGAGCAGUGAUCGGAGUGGGACUCGGAGGUGUUGCUCCAUUGGAGCUCAUGGGACUUGCUCGGAUUUGCCUUUCGCCGUCGGUACGGAUUCGAGUGGUGAGCUUUUUGGUGAAGCGAAUUGGGGUUCUGAUGUGAGUGAGGCGGCGAGGCAUUCACGGAGAGAGCGCCGUGAUUCCGGUGGUGAGAAGGAAGCUUCUGGAGGGUUCGGGUUCGCUGUUGGGAUUGAUCCGAUGGGGAAUGAAUCUGGUUAUGGGAGUGAACCUGGUUACAGGGGUGAUGCUGAGUUUGGUUAUGGUGAUGAGUUCGAUGAUGAAGAAGAAGAUGUUAAGCCAUUGUUUUGGGGAGAUACAGAUUCAACAAUGGGGAUGUCUGGUGAUACGAAAUUCUCAGAUUGUAAACCUCAAUUCAGGUGCCGGAGAAGAAGACAACAUGACUACAAAACUGUUGAUUCCAUGAGAUGAGCACAACAAACCCAUUACUAUGCAAUCGAAGUCGGUUAAUGGGGGGAGCCAGUUUUGUCGUUGAUUCAAUCAAUCAAUGACAUUACUAUUCAAAUCAAAAUCCAAGCCUGACGUCUGGUUCAUUUGGAAGCUUUUCCGGUCUGGUUGAAAUGCGAUCAGCUCAUCCGAGACAAAAGGUCUUGUUGGAGAAACUUUCCAGGUUUUUAUAUGUUAUUUUGACUCCUGAAAGUUUAGAGUGCUCCUCAAGUAAAUUUUCCAAAAGAACUGUACCAUUUUGUGAUCAUCAGCAAAUCUCAAAGAUUCAACGAUCUGCUGAAAAUGUUACCAAAACCACAAUGUGUUUAUAGUUGUAUCGAUUUAUUUCUG